GAACAGGCCAUAGAGAGUUAUCCGGAAAUGACAUUCAGCGCCAAAACACCGGAAGAGGAUAGUGAGAGAGAGCAGUAAAACAGUCCCCACUUUUUCCUUGUCUUAACUUUCAGUCGUCUCGUAGAGAUCAGUUCGAGUUGUUGGAAUUUCAUAUUAAGUGAGGUGAGACAAGAUAAGCUAGUGCUAACCACAGUGUAACAUGUCUCGCUAUCGUGAAUGGGAUCUCUCUUGCAAAGUUUAUGUUGGCAACUUAGGGAGUAGUGCCAGCAAACAUGAAAUUGAGAGUGCAUUUAGUAAGUAUGGUCCUCUAAGAAAUGUAUGGGUUGCAAGAAAUCCCCCAGGUUUCGCAUUUGUGGAGUUUGAAGAUCCAAGAGAUGCUGAAGAUGCUGUACGAGGAUUAGAUGGAACACGAUGCUGUGGUACUCGAGUACGAGUAGAGAUGUCUUCAGGAAGAAGUCGUCGAGGUGGAGGAGGUCGCAGACCAGGUCCUAGAUAUUCCAGAUCCAGAUCACGCAGUCCCCGUAGAAGAUCAUUGACCCGGAGCCGCAGCCGAGACCGCCGUUCACGUUCGGAUUCCCGUGACAGACGUUAGAUGCUAAGAGUUGAAGAGAAAGAGAGAUCGAAAAAACGGUUCGACUUUGUAUGCCGGAUGGAAGACAAAGAGAAAAAAGUGUGGCAACAGAGUGCGAGAGACAAUUUUGUAUGUAAAUAAUAAAAAUCGUUUGUUAACACCACACACAUGCACAUAUAAACACAUAAACACACAUACCGGAUGUUUGCAGUAUGAAUAAUAGACAGGGUGAUUCUUCAUAAAAAAAAAUCAGAUAUAUAAUACAUAAAAUAACACAUAAUAUAAUAUAAUUUAAAAAUUAUGAUAAAAAAUCUAAAAUCUCUCUAAUUUUCUUAUGAAGAUUAACUCUAUUCGCUAAAAUUACAUACUGCAAAACCACCUUAUAUGUGUAAUACAUCUUAUAUGGUCAGCAACGACAUUCGUAACAUGAUACUUGCAAUUGUAAUAACCACUGAUAGAACUGCGAGAUAAAGCAAGAUAAAAGACAUUUUAAUGAAUUUUUCAAAUUAUAACAUAUUGUGAGUGGUUUUAGUAUUUAAGCCUUCUGAUGUUUCAUUAGUAUAGGCAAAACAAAUACAUAUACAUUGCAACGCAGACAAAUUAUACUUCUGCAUAUCGGUGGUCAUUAUAUUAAUCUAUAUAUGCAAAUAAUUUAAUUAAUAAUUUGUCUGAAAUCAUAUAUGGUACUUAUAGAUUGAAAACUAAGAACAACAUUAAUGCUUUUUAUCUGUAAGUAAUAAGUGUUAGAUUAUUAUUCUGGAUGACUUAUUAUGCCUAAGGAAUGGAGAAAUACAUGUGAGCUAAUAUCGGAUUGAAGACACGAAAAGGUAAUAAAAGUGGUGUUAGCAUAAUACAAUGUCGUCCGUUUAUGGCUACUUUUGCUUGAUGUAUUUUGUAUUCUGUUUAGAACUUAAGGCAAAUAAAAUGGAUCUUGUAAUGACAGAA